UCAUGCAACUUCGACGAUAAAAUGUAGGUAUAAUAAACCGACGUUGCAGGCUUCCGAGCUUAGGUUGUCCUUCCCCCGCGCUACUUGGACCUGGCACAUCGUCAGCUUUCACCAACCAUCUGCGGCAGACGCCUCCCCCUUCCAUCCCGCGCCACCUUCUCGAGAAAUUAUUCUCGACGGCUUCCCAUCGUCUAGUCUCCGUCUUCGUUUAUUCCCACGUGCUUUACUUUACCGUUAUUCCGCUGUGCCCUCAGUUCCUGCAGCACAGCCAUUAUUUAAACCCUCCGAUCCCAAUCUCCUACCUGACCUACCUAGAGCUCGGGUCUUGCAGCCUAUUCCUGCUGGUAAUUGCUAAAGAGGUUCUCUCUUUCUCUGUUUGUCUCUAGACCAUCAGCUGCGCAGUAGACGGGCAAUUCGUUAUCCAUCCGCGUCCAAUCGAUUCAAAAUGGCGAGUGAGGAUCCAGAGUCGCAGCCCCGUGAGGUGAAGAACCACCUUCUCUUCGAGAUUGCGACAGAAGUCGCGCACAGGGUUGGCGGCAUCUACUCUGUCAUCAAGUCCAAGGCCCCGGUAACAACCGCAGAAUAUGGCGAGCGUUACACUCUCAUUGGGCCUCUCAAUCACCAAUCGGCGGCCGUCGAGGUCGAGGCCAUGGAGCCGACCAACCCAGAGCUUGCCGCCACUAUCCAAUCGAUGAAAGAGCGCGGCAUUGGCAUUCUGUACGGACGAUGGCUGAUUGAGGGUGCGCCGAGGGUACUUCUCUUUGACACAAAAACAGCAUAUGGUUACAUAAAUGAGUGGAAGGCAGAUCUCUGGAAUCUGGCCUCGAUUCCGUCCCCUGACAACGAUGAGGAGACCAACGAGGCCGUUGUCUUUGGCUAUUUGGUUGCAUGGUUCCUCGGCGAGUUCGUAUGCCACGAAAAGAAGAAGGCGGUUAUUGCGCACUUCCACGAGUGGCUCGCCGGUGUUGCGCUUCCUCUGUGCAGGAAGCGGCAGAUUGACGUCACGACCAUCUUCACCACCCAUGCGACUUUGCUAGGCCGCUACUUGUGCGCCGGCUCGGUCGACUUCUAUAAUAACCUCCAGUGGUUUGAUGUGGAUGCCGAAGCGGGCAAGCGAGGAAUCUACCACCGGUACUGCAUUGAACGAGCUGCUGCGCAUUCCUGCGACGUCUUUACUACCGUCUCCCACAUCACGGCUUAUGAGAGCGAGCACCUGCUGAAGCGCAAACCCGAUGGCGUCCUCCCCAACGGCCUCAACGUCACCAAGUUCUCGGCGGUACACGAAUUCCAGAACCUGCAUCAGCAGUCCAAGGAGAAGAUCCACGACUUCGUGCGGGGCCAUUUCUACGGCCAUUACGACUUUGACCUAGAGAACACGCUCUACUUCUUCACAGCCGGGCGCUACGAGUUCAGAAACAAAGGCGUCGACAUGUUCAUAGAGUCUCUCGCUCGUCUAAAUCACCGGCUCAAGGCAGCUGGCAGCAAGACGACCGUUGUCGCCUUCAUCAUCAUGCCCGCUCAGACAUCAUCCUUGACCGUCGAGGCCUUGAAGGGCCAGGCUGUGAUCAAGUCGCUCCGCGACACUGUGGACACGAUAGAGCGGAAUAUCGGGCGGCGCAUAUUCGAGCGGUCGCUCAAGUGGCAUGACGGGGACCCGAUGCCGGAUGAGAAGGAGCUAAUCACCGGCCAGGACCGCGUCCUCCUCCGCCGGCGCCUGUUCGCCAUGAAGCGGCAUGGGCUGCCGCCGAUUGUCACGCACAAUAUGGUCAAUGACCAUGACGAUCCGAUCCUGAACCAGAUCCGACGAGUACAACUUUUCAACCACCCUAGCGACAGGGUCAAAAUCAUAUUCCACCCAGAGUUCUUGAACUCAGCGAACCCGGUGCUGCCGCUUGACUAUGACGACUUUGUGAGGGGCACGCACCUGGGCGUCUUCGCGUCGUACUAUGAGCCGUGGGGCUAUACCCCAGCCGAAUGCACUGUGAUGGGCGUACCGAGCAUCACAACAAACCUUUCAGGUUUUGGCUGCUACAUGGAGGAACUGAUUGAGAAUUCGAGUGACUACGGUAUCUAUAUUGUGGAUCGCCGGACCAAAGGGGUAGACGAUUCGGUCAACCAGCUCACGUCAUACAUGUUCGAGUUCGCGCAGAAGAGCCGUCGGCAGAGGAUUAACCAGAGAAACCGGACUGAGCGUCUGAGUGACUUGCUUGACUGGAAGCGGAUGGGCAUGGAGUAUGUGAAAGCCCGUCAGCUCGCCCUGAGACGGGCCUAUCCAACCUCAUUUGAGGGCGAAGACGAGGAAGACUUCAUCCCAGGCGUGGAGCAAAAGAUUUCCCGUCCAUUCUCUGUGCCUGGCUCCCCGAGAGACCGGACUGGCAUGAUGACCCCAGGCGACUUCGCAAGUCUCCAGGAGGGACGCGAGGGCCUCAAUACCGAAGACUAUGUGGCUUGGAAGCUGCCGUAAGUUCUAUUGGCUUCCAAGGUCCUUCUGAAGCCUUUUUGGUCUUUGCUGACAAUGUU